AUGUUAACAGGGUCGGCUGGGGAGCUCUUUGCGUCGGUAAGUUUCUCAUCUAACUUUGGCCUCGCUAGUCAACAAUUGCAUGUUAUUCGAGGAGUAGCAGCAACUGACAAGCCUGCAGCUGGCGGCGGAGCCUACUACUUUGCCAAAAAGUCCAUCAAUGCCGACCGAGCAUCCAGAUAUGAAGCAGAAUUGAAGAAGAAGGCGCACCUUGCCGCAAUGGAAGCAGAACACCGACGCCAAUCUUCUAUCAACGAACCGAUCACGGCCCCGUCAGAAAACCCCAGCUUGAAACGGGCGGACAUGGCUCGCUUCCAGAGCGCAGCGGAUGAUGUCGCUUCGCCUAGUGCAGAGGCAGGACAUGAUCCUGCGCCGACUCGUCACGAGCCUGAGACAGAUGCCGAGCGGGUACUCGAGAAGGGGAAAUAUGAGGCUACUCAGCCCUUUCGACCUCCGAGGGGCAACCGACUCGGUUAA